AUGCCAGAACAAGCGCAACAAGGGGAACAGUCUGUCAAGAGAAGAAGGGUCACUAGAGCCUGUGAUGAAUGCAGAAAGAAAAAAGUUAAAUGUGAUGGUCAGCAACCAUGUAUCCAUUGUACUGUGUACUCUUAUGAAUGUACUUAUAAGAAGCCUACGAAGAGAACACAGAACUCCGGAAACUCCGGAGUUCUAACACUGGGCAAUGUUACUACUGGUCCAUCAUCAAGUACUGUGGUGGCAGCCGCCGCUUCCAAUCCAAAUAAACUCCUCUCAAACAUUAAAACAGAAAGGGCUAUUUUACCGGGUGCUUCUACAAUACCUGCAAGUAACAAUCCAUCUAAACCAAGAAAGUAUAAGACUAAGAGCACAAGGUUACAAUCGAAGAUUGACAGGUACAAGCAAAUAUUUGAUGAGGUCUUCCCGCAGUUACCUGAUAUAGACAAUCUGGAUAUUCCUGUGUUCUUGCAGAUCUUUCACAAUUUUAAGAGGGACUCGCAGUCGUUUUUAGAUGACACUGUGAAAGAAUAUACUUUAAUCGUAAAUGACAGUUCUUCUCCGAUCCAACCAGUACUUUCUUCAAAUUCAAAAAACUCCACUCCAGACGAAUUUUUACCUAACAUGAAAAGUGACUCGAAUAGCGCCUCCAGCAACAGGGAACAAGACAGUGUAGAUACCUACUCCAAUAUCCCCGUUGGUAGAGAAAUAAAAAUAAUUCUACCACCAAAAGCGAUCGCUUUACAAUUCGUGAAAAGUACUUGGGAACAUUGCUGUGUUCUUCUCCGAUUUUAUCACAGACCAUCGUUCAUUAGACAAUUGGAUGAGUUGUAUGAGACAGACCCAAACAAUUAUACGUCUAAGCAAAUGCAAUUUUUACCAUUGUGCUACGCUGCAAUCGCUGUGGGAGCAUUAUUCUCGAAAUCCAUUGUCUCAAAUGACUCGUCAAGGGAAAAGUUUCUACAGGAUGAAGGUUACAAGUACUUCAUUGCAGCAAGGAAACUAAUCGACAUUACAAAUGCCCGUGACUUGAAUUCCAUACAAGCAAUUUUAAUGCUGAUUAUAUUCUUACAAUGUUCCGCACGUUUAUCAACGUGUUACACUUAUAUCGGUGUCGCCAUGAGAAGUGCUUUGAGAGCAGGCUUUCAUAGGAAAUUGAGCCCCAAUUCUGGUUUUAGUCCAAUAGAAAUUGAGAUGAGGAAACGCCUUUUUUAUACAAUCUAUAAACUGGACGUUUAUAUCAAUGCAAUGCUGGGCCUACCGAGAUCUAUUUCCCCCGACGAUUUUGACCAAACUCUCCCCCUGGAUUUAUCAGAUGAGAAUAUCACUGAGGUGGCGUACCUACCUGAGAACCAACACUCCGUUUUAUCAAGUACGGGGAUUUCGAAUGAACAUACAAAACUAUUUUUGAUUUUAAAUGAGAUCAUUUCUGAACUAUAUCCGAUAAAAAAAACUAGUAAUAUAAUUUCUCAUGAGACAGUUACUAGCUUGGAAUUAAAGUUGAGAAAUUGGUUGGAUUCGUUGCCCAAAGAACUGAUACCUAACGCAGAAAAUAUUGAUCCUGAAUAUGAAAGGGCAAAUCGUUUAUUACAUUUGUCUUUUUUGCACGUUCAGAUAAUAUUAUACAGGCCUUUUAUUCAUUAUUUAUCACGCAACAUGAAUGCUGAAAAUGUAGAUCCCUUAUGUUACCGGAGAGCCCGGAACUCUAUUGCCGUGGCUCGAACGGUUAUUAAGUUAGCAAAAGAGAUGGUUAGUAAUAAUUUAUUAACUGGUUCAUACUGGUAUGCCUGUUAUACAAUUUUUUACUCCGUUGCAGGUCUCUUAUUUUACAUCCAUGAGGCGCAAUUGCCUGAUAAGGAUAGUGCUAGAGAAUAUUAUGAUAUUUUGAAAGACGCAGAAACUGGUAGAAGCGUUCUUAUUCAACUCAAGGAUUCUAGUAUGGCCGCUAGCAGGACUUAUAAUUUAUUGAACCAAAUUUUUGAAAAACUAAACUCAAAAACUAUCCAGCUUACUGCGUUACAUUCAUCACCAUCCAACGAAAGUGCCUUUUUAGUGACUAAUAAUUCCUCCGCUUUGAAACCUCAUUUAGGAGAUUCAUUGCAACCACCCGUAUUCUUUUCUUCCCAGGAUACGAAGAAUAGCUUUUCAUUAGCUAAGAGUGAAGAAAGCACCAAUGAUUACGCUAUGGCUAAUUACCUAAAUAAUACACCUAUUUCCGAAAAUCCUUUAAAUGAAGCACAACAGCAAGAUCAAGUAUCCCAAGGAACGACUAACAUGUCUAAUGAAAGAGAUCCGAACAAUUUCUUAUCUAUUGAUAUCAGACUUGAUAAUAAUGGCCAAUCAAAUAUUCUUGAUGCCACAGAUGACGUCUUUAUCAGGAAUGACGGCGACAUCCCUACUAACAGUGCAUUCGAUUUUAGCAGCAGUAAGAGCAAUGCAUCAAAUAACUCCAACCCAGAUACCAUUAACAACAACUACAAUAAUGUUAGUGGCAAAAACAAUAAUAACAAUAAUAUUACUAACAAUAGUAAUAAUAAUCACAACAACAACAACAACGACAACAACAACAACAAUAAUAAUAAUAAUAAUAAUAAUAAUAACAAUAACAAUAGUGGUAAUAGUAGUAAUAAUAAUAACAAUAAUAACAAUAAUAAAAAUAAUAAUGACUUCGGCAUUAAGAUUGAUAACAAUUCACCGUCUUAUGAAGGGUUUCCCCAGUUACAAAUACCGCUUUCACAAGACAAUUUGAACAUAGAAGAUAAAGAGGAGAUGUCACCUAAUAUUGAAAUUAAAAACGAACAAAAUAUGACUGACUCAAACGAUAUUCUUGGAGUAUUCGAUCAGUUAGAUGCUCAGCUAUUUGGGAAAUACCUACCUUUAAAUUACCCCUCUGAAUGA